AUGAAAAUGCUCGCGCGCAGCUAUGUCGGGUGGCAUCAGUUAAACAAAGACAUUGAAAGUGUUGUUAAAAGCUGCUGUACUUGUCAGUUGAUGCAGAACGCUUCACCGAAGGCCCCACUACAAACUUGGGGUUGGCCGAGCCGCAGAUGGCAACGAAUACACCAGGAUUUCGCAUUCGCAGACAACAAAUGGCUGUUUGCGCUGGUGGAUGCACACUCAAAGUGGGUUGAAGUGUUCGUCACGAACUCAACAAUCACCGAAAAAACCAUUGAGAAGCUGCGCAGGGUGUUCGCAUCGUAUGGCCUUCCGGAGGAGGUCGUAACGGACAACGGGCCCCAGUUCACUGCGAAGGACUUCACAGAGUUCCUGUGCAAUAACGUAGUGCGGCACACCAGGGCACCGCCGUACCACCCUGCGUCCAAUGGAAGCGCCGAGAGGUGCGUCCAGACGGUUAAACGGGAUCUUAUGAGACAGAUUCUCGACGAAAAGUCAUCGGGCGUCAGCAAGACCCUACAGCACCGCAUACACCUAUUUCUGUUCAGGUACCGGAACAGGCCAACCAUAACCACGGGGCAGACGCCAGCAGAACUGUUCCUGUCGUGGACGCCCCGCACUCGCCUGACUAUGUUAAAGCCAGACCUGGAGAGAGUAACCACAACCACGGGGCAGACGCCAGCAGAACUGUUCCUGUCGUGGACGCCCCGCACUCGCCUGACUAUGUUACAGCCAGACCUGGAGAGAGCACCCUACACCUACAUGAUCAGAGGAAUACCGAAGCUCAGCAAAAAUCUGAAGCUGCUUGGCCUGCUCUACCCCAGGCACACUUCUCAGAGGAUCGACCGCAUCGACUACCGCCGAGCGCUAAUUCGGCAGCAGAUAAUCAAGCUGCCCAAGAUGUCCAAGUCGUUGCUGUUCUGA